CAUUGAGGUAGGUUAGUUUUUCACCAGUCAUCUGCGUAGAAUACUCUUAAUACAUACAUAAAGUAAGCAAAAAAGUCUCUCAUGCUUCUUUAUAUACCCAAUUUCUCAAGACACAUUGUUCCUUCAUACAGAAAAAGUUAGAAAAAAAAUCAUAAACAGAAGAGCUGUAGAGAAAGAAAAGACAAAGAUGGCGUUGACUACCCUGCUCACCAGCCUUCUGAAAUCUUCUCAAGUUGCUAGAAACACCCCAAAUCCCUUACUACUAUUGGCUUCUUACAUGAGACGUUUUCAUGCUAGUUCAACAUGGGCAAGCCAAGUGAAAGACAUCAAAGAAAGUACCAGCUCUGCUGCAGACCAUGUGACUAAAAAGACUAAAGAAGCUGCAGGUGAAUUUUCUGAGAAGGCCCAAGAUACUGCAGAUAAAGCAAAGAAGACAACAGAACAAGUAUGGGAUUCAACCAAGGAUGCAGCCCAAAAAGCCAAAGAGACAGUUAUGAACAGAACUGAGGUGUCUAAGGAAUAUGUCAAAGAAAAUGCAGAGAAAGUGAAGAAGAGCAUGAACACUAAGGAAUGAUUUUUCAUAAUAUUUAUAUUAAUUUAAGUUUCUUUCAGAUUAUUCAGUAUUUGCCUUUUCAUUUUUGCCCAUUGUAUUUGUUCAAGUGAAUACUGUUAUCUUUUCAUCUGUCAGAUUUUGUGGAAGCAAAUCAUUUUUAAGUGUCAAUAAAAAAUAUCCUUUUGAUUUCACUAUCCAAA